UUUUAACUUCCCACACCUCCCACGUCUUGUUCCUGAACGCAUCCCCCAUCACACGAUCAUCAUCAGCCUCUCCCGUCAUCUGCUUUAGUGGCCUCAUCCCAGUCCUAUAUAUUUCGCCGAACCUUCGAAGCCUUCCAUCCUUCUAGAUUACCCAGGUGAAACGUCACUAGCAGCAAACAUGUCGUACGCAGAUGUCGCGGCGAAGAACGCCCACCAAAGUCCUGAAGAGGCGUAAGUUAUAUCUCGAGCAGACCAUCCUGGCCGUCGUGGCGUCACCAAGAAUGCGCGUGUACAUGGGCAAGCAAUGUGCGGGCAGAGUUUCAUCAUGUUGCCUAUUCUGCACGGGCGAAUAUUGCUGGACGCAUUGAAGCUCCCAAAGUCAGCGCAAUCUGGACUCACAGCGCUCCAACAUUCCGCUGAAAUGAAGCUUGAUCAACUUGCCGCUAUCCUUGUGACGGUGAUCUGUCAAAGACUAACGACAAAUCUCGCAGUCGCGCACCCCCUAUGCCAGAGAUAGUACACUCCGAGGUCACAUCCACAUCUUCCCUCAUCGAUGUCGACUCUCCACACGUCUCCUCCGUACCGUCAGACUACGAGUCUCAGGCUGUGAAGACGGAUACGCAAGCUGCCCGCUUAGAACGCGAAGCCGAGGACGCAAAGAUGAAGGCUGAGACGGAGGCGAAGAAGGCUAAAUCUAAGGCACAGAGCAAGCUCAGCAAGGGCAGCAAGAACGUGCAGAACAACCCUGUGUUCUUUGGCAACGCUGUGCUCGUGGGUGUGCUCGGGACAGUGCUAGGUAUUGGAGCGUACAAGAAGUACUCCAGCGGAGAUUUGGACUGGAAGACUGCAGGUGUUUGGGCCGGCGUCGUGGGCUUGUUCGCUGGAGUCGAUUAUUGGGCAACAAGUUUUCUUUACAAGAAGUACCCGCCGAAGAAAUAACGUAAUGACCUAAGGUAUCGAGGGAUACAUGGCAAGCACAUUGAUAGACGUUUGCUUGCUACGCUGAGGCAGUUUGAGCAUGGGUAUGGUAUUAAUUUCAGUUCUGCAAAGGGCCAGUCAGGGAUCGGACGUUCGGUUAAGGAUUCGGCAUGUUCAUACGCAAAGACUCUUCUCAUUUUUGUCAGGGAAGCGAUAUAGCAAAGGCGUACGUCGUAGCUGUGAUGCUUCUGUGUGUCAUUUGUGUAGCAUUCACAUCUGUUAAUUUCGACUUCAGUUAACGCUAUCUCAUUACCCACAUCAAAUCCUUUUCCCCAGUCUCUAAUUUAGACUUACUCCUUUUCCCUGUCAGGCUCCGAUGCGUGCAGGAAGAAGCAUUUUCGCCUCAAAUCGAACAUUUGGAUUCGUUUCGUCUGUUCGGGAUCAUUUCGUUGGUAUCGUCGCUUGCACGCCUGUCACGAACUAAGCAACCCGAGUCCGUUGCAGACAUGCAAAAUUGUCAAACCCGACCCGACGAACCUCUCACGGCACAGAUUCAGUAUUUUCGUUUUGAUAGGUCACAUUCGCUUCAAAGCUGUGUUUCAUCAACG